CUGUUAUCUCACAGGCGCCACCUCAACAGUCCUAGUCAGAAUCAGACUCCUCACUUUACAGAAAAGCUUUCGCCUGAUACGCUGUAGCCUGUAAGGGUAUAAGGGCCCGCGCUGAGGCGCUGAGUCUGAGACCUGCUAUGUAAUACAGACUGCAGUGUAGGCACUAGGCAGUUUCAGCGAAUUACGGUUUAACUUUAACCGUAGUCAAGCUGAACAGACAGAGCGAUAGAGCACAGAGAGAGUAGCUCUGUCUCUGACGAACUGGGGCGCAACGCGUUUCUUUGAUCAUUUGUGGCAGCAUGUUCUUGGAAAACAGAGAAUCCAGGAUUUCCUACAAUGUGCAACUACAGAAUCGACUAACAGACCUUGAUCAGGUUAUACACACUUGAAGAUCUAAACUCACUGCUAUGGGCGAAAAAACGAUUGCGACCAUUAUGGCCCCUAUAAAAGGGAUGCCGCUAUAUCAGACGCUGCUGGCAGAAGCCAAUCAAAUUAGCUAUCACAACACUGUUGCCGUCCGCAGCGAUGACACAUGGUGGCUUGGAAAUGUCCAAGAUAUUGACGGUGACUACGUCUUCGUCCACUUAAGUUCCAAAUUAGUCGAAGCUCGCUGGAUGCACAUGAAAGACGUCUGGCCUCUGCCAUCGUACUGGGAUACAGAGCUCGCCAACAAAGGUUGGCACAAGAGUCAGAACGUUCGGAUAUUUGCGGCACUGCGUGAAGAAUACAACGGACCGUUUUGUUUUCGACCAGCCGUCAUGUUACACACGCUUUAUGGUUGUAACUCGGACUGUCAAAUGUUUUGCAUCAGGACUGAAAUUUCCAGUACUAGCGCUCAAGCAAAUAGUGCUGGAUUCGAGCUGGUCCACCUCCGCCAAGUGGCCAGUGCGUUACCACCCAGCGAACCAUCUUUGCUAGACCGCCGCAGUGGUUUUCUGUAUACCAAGCACUGCAUCCCUUUUGGCCACGCUCAAGACCUUCUGCGUGAUCCUUCCGACAAAUUUCGCAUCAUCAAGCAUGUUAAGGACGCCAUUCAAGCCAGAUUAAAUUUAACACAUGAAAAUCAGGCUGACCGCUGCCGAUUUCAUCUUCGUUUUGACCAGGAGGGUUGCAUGCUCAUCAUCGCCAGUCUCGCAACGGACACAAAACCGACACACUGGAUGGCUGAAAGCUUGCCGGAAAUCUUGGGAACACAUCUGGCCAGCCGCGUUGAUUUACCGCCUAUGCACUAUCGAAUAUCCCCCUCAAGCGAAGAUAUACCUUACGAAGUCGAUACCGAAGGUGAUGCAUCGAUGUUUAUUGCCUGUAUCCGCGAUCUGACGCCUUCACUUUUAAGGGAUGUCUUGUCACAUUUGGAUCUGCAUUCACAAAUGAGAACCAAACGAGUGUGUGCUUUAUGGCAGUUGCUGCUGAGUAGCUCUAAAAUAAUGGAACAUGUCACCAUCUCUUUCGAAAGCUGCUGGCACCUCAAAGCCGACGGCGAUAACUGUUUCCUCCAGGCGGACAACAACAACUGCUUCAAAGCGGCAUCUUUGCUCAGCCGCUCAAUCAGCUCAACGACAAUCAGUCUGACACUCUUGAGAGUCUUCCCACCACAUUCGUUUUGGAACCGUUGUUAGAUGCCAUGGAAAUUAGGGUGCCACUAUUAGUGCUUAAAGACCAUAUUACCGUCCAGCCGAAUGGAUUUCCUGUAUGCGAACGGUCGCGUAUAAAGCAUGGAGCAGCGACUCUUGUUACGUCAUAUAAGAAAAUUUGUGACAUCGUCUUGCUGCUCAACUGGAAAGUUUCCGACCUUUUUGGUCAGCAUAUGUGUAGUGUCUUCGUGCAUAAUUCUUUCUAUGAGCGGCAUGUAGGCGUGGAACUGACUUCUCGUCCCCUGCCAGCUCACGAGCAGGAGUGGAUGUUGCCUCUUACAUACAAGCCGCAGCAAUUGGCCAUUGACAAAUUACAGAUCACCAUCCCGAAGCUUCUCCUGCCAUGCAGCGACGGCAGCAUGCACAUGGCCAGCCGCUUGAUGUGCGCCUUGAACGAUGGCUUCUUGCCGGUCACGGAGGACAUUGUAGCAAAGGUUACGGCUGUUCAUGCGCGUUGGGUUAGCAACCUGACCUACCCAGAGGACUGGCAGAGCAUUCGCGAUUACCUCCUAAUGUUCAGUGGGUUUGACUCUUGCGGAAAACCAAAAGUGUGGGACGAGGUCGACUUGAGGGUUGUCGAUUUAUCGACAUGGAGUAAAAUGGCCACCCACGGUAUAAACGAGGUGUUCCGAGUGUGAAGCGGUGUUGCUGCAUCAACGUUGAUAUCGUUCGGAAAGACGAUCCUGAUAUAUUUCCAGGAUAAUACCAGGAUCUGGGGAUCCCUUAUUACGGGAUGGGGCAUAUCGCUAUGACGCUAUAAGCUGAUUGUCUUACAACUGUUUAAUGGCAAGAGCUGCUUUGACAACUGCUAAUUAUCUUUGAAAAUUUAUGUCCUGCAAAUCUUCGAUAAAUUAACCAGCUGUUUUUUUAUUGUCUGGCUUCUAGGAUAUGUAAAUGGGAACUUCCUCUG